GUUCCGUGUUAAAUUUCAGUCAUAGUCGUCGUCUUACAGGUUUUAGGGUUUUAGUGUCUCUCUCCUCUCUCAAACAAACAAACAAAAUGGCUAUGUAUCUUCUCUACGAGUCAUCUUCUGGCUAUGGCCUCUUCGAAGCGCACGGUCUUGACGAGAUCGGACAGAACACCGAGGCCGUCCGAAGCUCAGUCACCGACCUCAGUCGCUUUGGCCGUGUUGUCCAGCUAACCGCUUUUCACCCCUUUGAGUCUGCGCUCGAUGCCCUAAAUCAAGUUAACGCCGUCUCUGAAGGUGUUAUGACUGAUGAGCUGAGAAGUUUCCUGGAGUUGAAUCUUCCUAAAGUAAAGGAAGGCAAGAAACCCAAGUUCAGCUUAGGAACCUCUGAGCCUAAACUUGGUUCCCACAUUUUGGAAGCCACUAAAAUCCCCUGCCAGAGCAAUGAGUUCGUUCUCGAGCUUCUCCGUGGUGUCCGCCUUCAUUUUGACAGGUUCAUCAAGGACCUCAAGCCUGGUGAUCUCGAAAAAUCUCAACUUGGAUUAGCUCACAGCUACAGCAGAGCCAAGGUCAAGUUCAAUGUUAACCGAGUCGACAACAUGGUUAUUCAAGCCAUUUUCCUCCUUGACACCCUUGAUAAGGAUAUCAACUCCUUCGCCAUGAGAGUCAGGGAAUGGUAUUCGUGGCACUUCCCCGAGCUAGUGAAGAUUGUUAAUGACAAUUAUCUAUACGCCCGAGUUUCAAAGAUGAUUGAAGACAAGUCAAAGCUGACUGAUGACCACAUCCCCAUGCUUACUGAAGUCUUAGGGGAUGAGGAUAAAGCAAAGGAGGUCGUCGAAGCUGGAAAAGCAUCCAUGGGCCAGGAUUUAUCACCGCUUGACUUGAUCAACGUACAGACCUUUGCUAAGAAAGUGAUGGACCUCGCUGACUACAGGAAGAAGCUCUAUGAUUACCUUGUUGCUAAGAUGAGCGACAUUGCCCCUAAUUUGGCCGCCUUGAUUGGAGAUAUGGUUGGUGCCCGUCUCAUUUCACAUGCUGGAAGUCUGACUAACCUUGCUAAGUGCCCAUCUUCUACCCUCCAGAUUCUCGGAGCUGAGAAGGCGCUUUUCAGGGCUCUUAAAACACGUGGAAACACACCCAAGUAUGGGUUGAUCUUCCAUUCUUCCUUCAUUGGCCGAGCUUCUGCUAAGAACAAGGGCCGUAUCGCUCGUUAUCUUGCAAACAAGUGCUCUAUAGCGUCUCGUAUUGAUUGUUUUGCUGAUGGCGCAACAACAGCAUUUGGUGAGAAGCUUAGGGAACAGGUAGAGGAAAGGUUGGAGUUUUAUGACAAGGGAGUUGCCCCACGUAAGAACGUGGAUGUAAUGAAGGAGGUGAUUGAGAAUCUGCAAAACAAAGAUGAGGAAGUGAAGGAGACAGUGGAGGCCUCAGGAAAGAAAAGUAAGAAGAAGAAGGCAAAGGGUGAAGAAGAGGAGGCAGUUGAUGAGGAGAAGUCAGAGAAAAAGAAGAAGAAAGAGAAGAGGAAGUCUGGAGGAGAGGAGGAGACUGAUGAUGGUCAGACUCAGAGCAAGAAGAAAUCGAAGAAGAAGAAGUCCAAGAGUGAGGAAUAGGGGCAAGAUAACAAACCUAUGUAUUCUAUUGUUUUUUUUUUUGUUGAAGCUAAAAUGUUUUUGCUCUGUUUCUUCUUCUUAGUAAAACUCUGUUCCGGGGAAUCUUGUGUGUUGGUCUGAAAACGAUUUUACACUAAUAUGAAUGUGUUUUCAUU